UUUGAUUCGUUUGUUUUCUCUGAUUCUAUGAUGUGAAUUCGAGGUUUCUAUUUAAACCUCAGCUUUGUGUUUCUUUGUCUAUUUAUGAACUUAUAGAAUUUGCUUCUUUGAACGUUUUGGAUUGAUUGACUCUGUCUAGGGAUGUCUUGAUAAUUUCACGCAUUGUGGUACGUGGGUUUUGAGCCUUAGUUGGUAUCAAUGUGGUUUCAAGUGGAGAAUAACAAAUUUAAUGGAAUUAUGGAAUUCAAUUGGAUGAAUUGAUGAUCACUUUGUUCAACUACACGUACUGUGGUACAUGGCUAUCGAGCCUUAUUUGAUAUUAGUGUAGUUUCAAGGGAUGGAACUAUGGAGUUCUAUUGGAUGAAUUGAUGAUCACUUUGUUCAGGAAAGAAUUCUUAUCGGCUGAUGUAUUUGUUAAUGGAUAUUAUGAAUAAAAUGAAUAGGUUUUCUUUGUUAUUUUCAUUCUGUUCUUAUUUGAAGGCUACAGAUAAGAUACUAUAGAAUUAUAUGAUUUAUUGAUAUAUUCAAAGUGGAACAGAACAGCCGCCAAAAUCCCAACCAAGGAUCUCUGUCCUGAUUAUAAUUUAUUUUGUCUUAUAUUGGUCUCAAAGAAGGUUCAAUUAAUCCUCUAUUUGUAGAGCUCCUUAAUAUGUCAAUUUCUUGAAGGAUAUUUGAUGGUAAUAUGUAAUUUCAUUUACAGCCUUAUCGUUCAAGCCGAAGAGGUUGCACAAUACUUUAUGACUCGAUAUAUGGUAUCAUAAGACCUAAGUCACAAUCUUGAGCUAGUUUAAUAAGUGCAUGCAUUAGAGGGUGACAUUAUUCGAAGGUUUCAAGGGAUGAAAUGGUGAUUGGACAGGAAUUUAAUGGAAGAGAAACCACAUGGGCUUAUCCUAUCUUAAUUCUGAACUUUUAAUCCUACAUUUAUCAAGUACCCUUGAAUAAAUUAGGACAAUGAGGAAAUACGUUGCCUUAUCGACGAAAGUCUAUAUAGUUUUGAAGCUCAGUGACACUGUCAAUGAGGAAAUACGUUACCUUGUCCAUUGCUAUCGGUUUGUCAGCAACAUAUUGUCGAUAGACCUUCAAUCCGGUCUGAUCAUAACCCGUACCCAUAUCCCCUCUUUCUUCAUAUCGAGGGCUUUACAGGUGAGGCAUUGUGAAAAGUGUAGCACCUACAAGCCUCCAAGGACCCAUCAUUGUCGAGUCUGCAGAAAGUGUGUUCUGAGGAUGGAUCAUCAUUGUUUGUGGAUAAAUAACUGUGUUGGUUAUUGGAACUACAAGUCCUUUUUCGUCCUUGUCUCGUACGGGACUUUGGCAAGCUUAUAUUCCACUUUCAUCAUUAUGAGAUGUGCAUUUCAGAAGAACUGGAAUUUUGAGGGAAUGCUUCCUGUAAAUAUUUUCUAUGUUAUUUGUGCAGUGAUGAUGAUCUCCUUGAGCUCAACGCUCGGAACUCUUCUGGGCUGGCAUAUCUACCUCAUCGUUCGAAAUAUGACGACUAUAGAGUAUUACGAAGGAAUACGUGCAGCAUGGUUGGCUAGAAAGUCUGGACAGAGCUAUCAGCACCCGUUCGACGUCGGUGCUUAUAAAAACACGACCUUGAUCUUAGGUCCAAACAUUCUGAAAUGGGCAUGGCCUACUUCAGCCAGCCAUCUAAAAGAUGGACUCAGUUUCCCGACUUUGCGCGAUAGUUCGUGAACAGGUUCGGCCGAGCCGGGCUGAUCCGAUCCGUCUUCUGUUUCAGCGUUGUUCUGAAUUUGUUUGAAGAAUACUCCAAAGCCAAGCAACACUGCAGUUUCUCUCCACUCAUCAGGCUAGAAAGGCAUAAAAAGGAAGAAACAAGGUAAACUUUGCAUACACUUGCAAUUCUGUUGCAAUUCUGUAUUUAAAGAAGAAAUUUGAUGUAGAGCUCUGUUCUCAAAUAUACCAUUUUCAAGCUUUGUGAAUUUCGAAAGGAUGUAAAUUCGUCGUAUUUUCAUUUUUUAUC